CGCCCCUGUCGGAGGACUCGUGCUGUGCCUGUCCGGUGUGCCAGCUCUACAAAUACCAGAAAUGUCUGCUAUGAACAGAAAAUUGAUACAAACUCUCGCUGAAACUAUCUCAAAACAUGUGAAGCACUUCAAUAAAACAGAGGUGGAGUGCCUAAUCCGAGAGUUUAACGUGCUUCUGGGGGAGCAGACUAUCCCCGGAAAAGCAGUUACCGGCCUGGACAGAAUUCAGUUCAGGAGCAUACUGCACAACAUCUUUAAGAUGACCGACGAUAUGAUCAUGGAUGGAGUCUUCAGGGCAUUUGACAAAGACAAUGACUGUUUCGUCAGUAUGAAAGAAUGGAUUGAGGGACUGUCUGUUUUCCUUCGAGGGACCUUGGAUGAACACAUAAAAUACUGCUUUGAUGUAUAUGACUUGAACGGCGACAACUCCCUCGCCAGAGAGGAGAUGUUUCCUAUGCUGAAGAACAGCCUCAUCAGACAGCCUACAGAGGAGGACCCUGACGAAGGAAUCAAAGACCUGGUGGACAUCACACUCAAGAAGAUGGACCAUGACCAUGACGGCAAACUAUCUUUCUCUGACUUUGAAAAGUCAGUGAAAGAGGAGAAUCUACUACUCGAGGCUUUUGGAACCUGCCUCCCUGACACCACGAGUAUUGAGGCAUUUGAGCAGCGUGUAUUUCAGGAACAACUGUACCAGUGAAGAAAUGACAUUCAUAUGCAUUUCCAGAAAUAUAGUCUUUAAUAAAAAUGUUGAAUAGCUGCUUGCAUUUUGGUGCAAAGUGUGUAAAUAAAAACAAGCUGCCAAGAGAAA